AUGGAGGAAGCCGCGGGGCAGCUGGAAUUCGAACGCGCCGCAGUCCUGCGCGACCAGGUUGCCGCAAUCACCAAGUUUGAAGAAGAACGCACCGUCAAAGUGGACUCUGGCCGACAGACCGACCUGGAUGCCAUCGCGGUAUCGGUGGCCGCCAGCGAAACCUGGUGGCGAAAGUAUUCGUUUCUCAUACGAGCCGGGCAACUCAUCGGGCGCGACCACUUCUUUAUGGACGGGCCCCAGGACGACGAACCCAGCGCCAUCAUCGCCCAAUUCGUCCAGCAAUUCUACGCCACUGCUCUAGAGGUGCCGCCCACGAUUCUGGUGCAGCAUGAACCGCCGGAGGAAGACGCGCCGUUUUUGCUGGGGUUUUUACGUGACAAGAGGGGCGGAGCCGUGCGCAUUGUCAGGCCCCAGCGCGGCGAAAACCGAAGCUGCAUGCAGUGUAGCGACAACGCCACCGAGUUGUUUGUUUGGUAUCCUCAGCAUCGUGUCAAGUGGCUGAACCGUACCGACGCCAUCCAGGGCGCGCUGGCCGAGCUGGAGGAAGAACUCAGCUUGCCAGCCCUGCCGCGGCGGAUGGAAUGCUACGACAUAUCCCAUAUACAGGGCAGCAACCUGGUGGGCAGCAUGGUGGUGUUCGACGACGGUAAACCCUUCACCCGCGACUACCGCCGGUUCAAUUUCAAAAUCAAGGCGUUGAGCGGCGACAUUGAUGAGUUACGGCCAGCCAGGCAUGAAAGAGAGACUUUGCGGACGCGGCCGGUUCAAAGCGUGUGA